UAGGGACAACAAAAACUUAAGAGCUUGUUAAUCGAUAUUUAUUAGGGAUACAUAAAGUUGAUCCUCGGGGAAACAUUGGGUAGGAGUUGGCAUUAAAUGGCAUCACAAUUCACAUCAUUUUGUUAAGUGUUAGAUUUCAGGGUGACGUGGAGACUGAAGAUACCUAGCAAGUAGCAGCUAGCCAUAGUACAUACCUACUUAUCUCGAUUUGACUUAAUAUGGAGGCACCAGAAUGUCCAGUUUGCAUUCAACCCAUGACUGUACCAAUAUUUCAGUGCCAAUCAGGGCACAGUUUAUGCAAUUCUUGCACUGUUAAAUUGAGUCCACCCAUUUGUCCCAUAUGUCGGCAAACAAUGACUCAAAUGAGGAACUGGCAGCUUGAAGAUUUGGUGGGCAAGGCUAUUGCUGCAUGUCCUAAUAAAAAUAAGGGAUGUGUUUAUAAAUAUGUGUCUAAAGAAAUGGAAGAUCAUGUUAAGGAAUGCAUAUUUAGGGAAAUGGAUUGUCCCAUGGGCAAAGUAUUUGGAACAUGUUCUUGGUCAGGAAAGCUUAAGGAAUUGCUAAAUCAUUUUAAGGAUCGCCACCCUGGUAAUUGCGCCAAUAUCACCUCCAAUAUCACCUCCAAUUUCACUAUUGAUAAUAUCUCUGUGACCAAUGAUUGUCGUCACUUUUAUAUCCUGCAGUUUAACAAGCAAAUCUUCUUUCUAUCUUUCAAGAUAGAUACUGUUCAAAAGCUUGGAUAUUGGUUAGUCCAAUAUGUGGGUACUAAGAAGGCUGCUCGACAAAAUGUUUAUGAGAUCCAAAUUAACAGUAAACAACACCAAAAGCGCACUGUCACAUAUAUAGAUUACUGUUUCAGUGAUUCUAUGGACGCCAAUGAAGUGUUUCGUCAAGCACAGUGUGCUGUAAUGCCUUUAAUCAUGAUGGGUCACUUUAUAGAUAACUCAAAGAUCACUUUUCGUUGUUUAAUUAAGUUGUUUAAUAAACCUGCCAUCAAUAAUAAUGAUCAAUCUAAACACGCAACAACUGGCCAGAAAAAUGGACCACCCUUUCCCAAUAGACAUAAGAGUCCUGGGCCUCAUGUUUCAAGGGCAAAAGGUUCUGGUGUUAACAACACUCAAUCUGUGGGACCAAAACAUGGGCCUAAAAAACAGCAAGCAAACUUCAAUAAGAAAUAAUUAUGAUAUAAUAUAUACCUAUACCUAUUUUAUGUAAACAUUUAAUGUGCAUAAUAUGUUAAAGUUUAACAGGUUAAAUAAUUUCACUCUUCACAAUUAAGGGAAUAACAAUAAUUCAAUGUGAAAGUAAAUUGGCAAUUGACAUUUAAUUUUUCAUGCAUUAUCUAUGGUAACUUUGUAUUCUUUCUUCUUUUAAUUAAUAAAAGAUGAUUGACGUCCUUUAGACUUG